UAUAAAUAUAGCCAACAUCAUAAUAACAGCAAUAAUAAUAAUAAAUCUAAUUAUUAUAAUAAUAGUAAUUGUAAUAAUAGUAAUUGUAACAAUAACAAUAAUAGUAAUAAUAAUAAUAACAAUAAUAAUAAUAACAAACACUAUAAACAUAAUAAUAAGUGGAUCCAAUGGCCAUCACCUUGUCAUAUAUAUUAAUGGAAAUGCAGUAAAUCUUUGUUUAAGAAGUAGUUUAAUUAAAUACUAUAUAGGAUUUACUAUAAAAAAUAAGGUUUGCUAUUGAACUAGUGAGAUAAGGAAAUUUGGUAUUAGCCUGUGACUAGAUCAGAACCAUAAUUAACUCAUCAGAUAGAACUACAGAUGAAAUUCAAUAAUAUACAUUGUUAUAUAAUUAAUCAGUAGCAUAUUACAAAUAACUAUAAUAACAAUGA